UGUCAGGAGUGUUUACAGGAAACAUGGCUUCUCUGUCUGCUGGAGAGCUUCAAGAUAUGGAAGUAGACCGAAGGGGAGAGUCUGAGGAGUCUGGUGAUGAUGAGACCAGGAGGAAGAGCAUCAAUGGCGAUGUGGACCCCAAUCAGCCCACUGCCACAAGUAAAGAAGAGUCACCUGUUGACAUGGACACUAUAACCUUGGAUCCAGAGGAAGAGGAUGUUGAUCUUGUUCAUUGUCGUAUUGGGAAAAUAGAAGGUCUGGAAGUGCUACAGAAGGCUAAAACACUCUCCUUACGACAGAACCUCCUCAAAAAGAUAGAAAACCUUGACAGUUUGACCUCACUCCGGGAACUAGAUCUUUAUGACAAUCAAAUCCGCAAGCUGGAGAACUUAAACAACCUCAAAGAGUUAGAGCUGCUCGACGUUUCCUUUAACGUUUUGCGGAAGGCGGAAAACUUGGAGGAGUUGACUCGGCUGAAGAAACUGUUUUUGCUUCACAACAAAAUUGGCACCAUUUCCAACGUGGACCACCUAAAGGACCUCGAGAUGCUGGAGCUGGGCUCUAACCGAAUCAGGGUGAUUGAGAACCUGGAUGGUCUUUCAUCUUUGCAAAGUUUGUUUCUUGGCACCAAUAAAAUAACAAAGCUUCAAAAUCUGGACAAUUUACACAACCUGACUGUUUUAAGCAUUCAGAGUAACCGGAUUACUAAAAUCGAGGGAUUACAGAACCUUCUCAACCUGAAAGAGCUCUAUUUGAGCCACAAUGGCAUUGAGGUCAUAGAGGGCCUGGAAAACAAUAAAAAACUUAGCACACUGGACAUCGCUGCCAACCGAGUAAAGAAAAUUGAAAACAUCAGCCAUCUGACAGAGCUGCAGGAGUUCUGGAUGAACGAUAAUCAAAUAGACAACUGGUCGGAUCUUGACGAGCUGAAGAACGCAAAGUCUCUGGAGACGGUCUACCUGGAAAGAAACCCGCUACAGAAAGACCCCCAGUAUCGGAGAAAGAUCAUGUUGGCGUUGCCCAGUGUACGCCAGAUUGACGCUACGUUUAUUCGCUUUUAAACUGCGUACAAUCUGACUGCCAGCCUCUCAGUGUUUCACCUCCCCUCACCUCCCCGCCUACACAAACACAUCGGCCUCGACAUAUCAAGUCACUCUAUACACAAAAUACAUUCCAGCACAGAACUCACCUGUUUUUCACUCAUCAUACAUGUAAGCAUGUAUGCUCUCAUUGGAACCUUGAUUCAUGCUGUUGUGUGGAAGCUUUUAUUUAUUAAGGUGAAACUGUGAAAACCUACCCUACGCUCAUUUUUUUCCUGCACUUUGUUUUUGUUUUUGAUUCUUUUCUUUUCUUUUCUUUUUUUU